GAACAGUCUUCCAAUAUAUUUUUAUCUGGAUCGAAAAGGGUCGACGGAGCAUGUGAGAAAAGGUUACUGAUCGUCAUGGAUAGUAUCACCCAUUUUCCCGUUUUUGUCAUUUCAUUUUGAUGAAGAUAAAGCCAGCUUGCCACAUCAGUUCUAGAAGAGAAGAAAAAAUGGGAGUCGUCACCUUGCAGUCUCCGCCCGCCUCUUCUGCAACUCUUACCUCCAAAUCGCGACUUGUCCAGAUACCUAAGUUGCCCGCCGCAGCAUCAUCUCCAGCUUCACUCUUCCAGCUCCGCCGCUCCUUCCCACGGAUUCGCGCCUCCGCCGCAGGCUCAUCUCCUCCACUCCACACUGGUUCGCCCAGUACUAGUGAACUGGAUGCAGUUUCUGGAUUCAGUGAGAUUGUUCCUGAUACUGUCAUCUUCGAUGAUUUCGAGAAGUUUCCUCCAACUGCAGCAACUGUUAGCUCAUCGCUUCUCCUAGGUAUUUGCAGCCUUCCUGAUACCAUUUUCAGGAAUGCUGUGGAUAUGGCUUUGGCAGAUUCCGGGUGUUCAGCUUUGGAAAACCAGGAACUUAGAUUAUCCUGUUUUGCUAACAAGGCUUUAGUGAAUGUUGGAGGGGAUCUGGCCAAAAUGGUACCUGGCAGGGUUUCAACUGAAGUGGAUGCCCGGUUGGCUUAUGACACCCAUGCUAUAAUCAGGAAGGUGCAUGACUUGUUGAAGCUGUACAAUGAAAUUAAUGUAACUGAAGACCGCUUGCUAUUCAAAAUUCCAGCAACCUGGCAAGGAAUUGAGGCGGCUAGGCUGUUGGAAUCAGAGGGCAUACAAACGCAUCUGACAUUUGUAUACAGUUUUGCUCAAGCUGCUGCUGCUGCCCAAGCUGGUGCAUCUGUCAUCCAGAUUUUUGUUGGACGGCUGAGGGAUUGGGCUCGAAACCAUUCUGGCGAUCCUGAGAUAGAAGCUGCCCUGAAAAGAGGAGAGGAUCCUGGCUUGGCUUUGGUGACCAAGACGUAUAACUACAUCCACAAGUAUGGACAUAAGUCGAAGUUGAUGGCAGCAGCAGUUCGUAACAAACAGGAUCUAUUCAGCCUCCUGGGGGUUGACUAUAUCAUUGCACCUUUGAAGGUACUAUCAUCUCUCAAGGAGUCUGUCACCACUCCUGAUGGCAAGUAUGGAUUUGUUCAGAGGCUAUCCCCACAAUCUGCAGCCAACUAUAGUUUCAAGGAAGAAGAGCUUGUGAAGUGGGACCAACUUAGCCUGGCAUCAGCCAUGGGACCUGCAGCUGUGGAGCUUCUGGCUACUGGACUUGAUGGGUAUGCCAUUCAAGCAAACCGAGUGGAGGAGCUGUUUGCUAAGAUUUGGCCACCACCAAAUGUCUAAAACAAACCUGUCUCCAUCCAUCCAUGACCCAGUGGCUAAUCAACACUUUCCACAAAGCAAUAAGAACUCGAAAAGUCUGCAACUUUGGAUCUCAACCCAGAUGCUGGAGACCUUGUCAUGUACUGUCUUGCCUACUUUCUUCAGGUGCUGCUUUUUGUUCUAAUUAACAUACUGUAAUGUUACUUGCUUGCACUCCGCAGUUGUACAUUUCGAGCUGUUCGGAUCGAUGGAUUGCUUUACCUAAUAAUUUUGAGUGUCUGGUCUGGCUUCUGUUUCCAUCAGUUGUGGACUAUUUUCCCAUCUAUGGGCUUUUAGGGUUGGUUUCCCUGGAAAAUGGAUUCCCAAACCACAUGCCAAUGCUUCUUCCACGCGAACCAUCUCCCCCCAAACUCCUUCACCUAACAGUACUAUACUAUUUUAAACCCCAACAAACGAGUGUCUAAGCCCCUGUUGAGUCUCAGAAUUGCCUGUUCUGAGGAAAAGAAAGACUAUUCAAUUUGUUAGUCUGGGCAAUGAAUGUCUUUAAUG